AUGGUGAUAGGCGAGCAGGUGGAAGGCGGCGAGGCGAUGCCUCCGUCGCCGCAACAGUUCCCUCCACAGAAGGCAACGAUAGAGAACAUCAUGAGCGGCAUAGAGAAUACCGGUGCGGUGAAGAUGAACAAUCAUAGGAAAAAACUUCGUCAAAGAUUUGACAUAAUAAAAAAGCUCGGCCAGGGCACCUACGGCAAGGUGCAGCUCGGUAUCAACAAGGAAACCGGCCAGGAGGUGGCCAUCAAGACGAUCAAGAAGAGCAAAAUAGAAACGGAAGCUGAUCUCAUUCGGAUACGGCGCGAGGUACAGAUUAUGAGCUCCGUCCAGCAUCCCAACAUAAUACACAUUUACGAAGUAUUUGAAAACCGUGAAAAAAUGGUACUAGUCAUGGAGUUUGCGGCCGGUGGCGAGCUGUACGAUUAUCUGUCCGAACGGAAGGUGCUAGCGGAGGAGGAAGCACGCCGCAUCUUUCGCCAGGUAUCGACCGCCAUCUACUACUGUCACAAGCACAAAAUUUGCCAUCGCGAUCUGAAGCUCGAGAACAUUCUGCUGGACGAGAACGGUAAUGCGAAGAUUGCCGACUUCGGGCUCUCGAACGUGUUCGACGAACAGCGGCUGUUGGCCACGUUCUGCGGUUCGCCGCUGUACGCAUCGCCCGAAAUCGUCAAGGGUACGCCCUACCUAGGUCCCGAGGUGGACUGUUGGUCGUUGGGUGUGCUGCUCUACACGCUAGUCUACGGCGCCAUGCCGUUCGAUGGAGCCAACUUCAAGCGGUUGGUGAAACAGAUCAGCCAGGGCGAUUACUUCGAGCCGAAGAAACCUUCCCGCGCUUCGCCGCUCAUACGCGAGAUGCUAACCGUGUGUCCCUCGCACCGUGCCAACGUCGAGCAGAUAUGCAACCACUGGUGGGUGAACGAAGGCUACGAGGAAUCGUGCCUGGACCUGGCCGAAGAGCUUGCCAACCAGACGCCCGUCCGGUUGGAUGUGUUACUAUCGCUCGCACCACCCUCGGUAACGGCCGAUCAGCUGCUGGUGGGUAACGGGCAGGAGGACGCCAAGGCAAAGGAUCGUAUCCAGCGUAGCCACUCGAUGGGUUCAAUCGUCGACAUGGGUGGUACUGAGGCGGAGCGGCGAAUUCUCGACAUGGUGGCGGCCGGUGGUGAGGCGGCGUUGAUGCCAUCGCCAACGCGCACCAUCACACCGGCCGAAGCGGCCGCUGGCAGUCCGGCGCAGACGAAGCGCAAACUUGAAACGACAGUGUCUACCGAAAACGCGACCGGUGCGGUUAAGAAGAAGGACAAAGCGGACCCACCAUCACCGGCACAGCCGCGCAUACCGGAAGACAUGGACGUGGAGGAGUUGGCCGCGGCGGCAAAGCCGUCGGAGCAGGAGCAGCAAAGCGCGGCCGAACCUAAGGAACAAUCCACUCAGGAAGAUAAACCCACCGAACCGUCGACCAAGUCGGGCGAGCCAAACAAAUUACAAGCACAGGAAGUGUUGGAAGAUUUGCAAAAUCUAGAAAAUAUGUGUGACGAACUGCUCCUGGAAGCGGCGGCCCAACCGCAAGCGCCAUCUGUCGAGAAUAGUGGCACUGUCGGAAAGGGACAAUCGGAACCGGUGGCAGCCGGUAAUGGGGCUGCUUCCGUGCCUUCAACACCGGAAACACCACCCAAAACCGUAUCGGGCGUGCGAGCGAAGCUGGAGAAGCUGGAAAAGGGCGAUACGGAGCAGAAACCGAUCGUACCGACGACGGCCAUACCUGCCGUGAGGAAGAUUUUCGGCAAGAACAAAACAACCGAUCUCACGUCCGCUAUCAACGAGGUUAACUCGCGAAAGGGUGGCGAUGAAAAUCAACCGUCGGGCACUACGCACCGCUCUGCUAGCAGUGUCGAGCGGAAGAACAGCUUACCGGACGAAAGUCUGGCACGGACAGCCGAACGGCGCAAGUCACGCAUCCUCGAGACGGCCGAAAAGUUCCAGAACUUAAACCAGCAGGCGGGCAACGGUGACAAGUUCAAGAAGUUUGUGUUACCGGGCGGUGGCGUACCGACCGUAGGCAACUACAAGAAAGAGUUUGAACGCAAGACUGGUCUGAACACCUCGUCCACCUUCACAAAACCGCCGGCCCCACAGACGGCCACGCUGGACCAACGGAAACGAUCCGAUUCGUACGAGCAGGACCAGCAGGAGGAGUGCGCCUCCACACCGGGAACGCCGCCCGCAUUCGCCGGUUCGGCGAAGAAUUUGGCAGGCUUCCAGCAGCAGCAAGUGUACGAUGAGCUGUCUGCGGCGACCAAAUCGGACGAUGAGGUGAAGGAAAGCGAUUCGAAAAGUUCGGUCGGCAGUUUUUCGCUCGAGGAUGCCCGCCGCUCGAUGGAGAACUCGAUUGCGAUGCUGAAUCGGGUGAAAACGACUGACCCGAGCGCACCGUCAACGCCGACCUCGAUCGAUCUGCUGUGUGCCCGCACCGAGAGCGUCUCGAUGGUGGAGGACAACGAACGGGAGCGCAAGUUGAAGAACGCUCGCGAGAUCAUCGGCAAUGCGAUACCGAUCGGGCGGCUACGCAAACCACCGAUGCCGUUCGGUGCGAACGGACGUUCGACCACCGGUACGCUUGGUAUCAACAAACCGUACCGGAUGGGUUCGGAAACGCCUGAACCACGCUGUGACACUAUGUCCAUCCCGAGAAAGGUAUCCAUCGGAAGUAUCCCAACGCCACCGAAGGAUGAAACGAAAACGUCGCACGCGGAAAUCACACUCAAAUCGGCAACGCUUCCACGGCGAAAGUUAUCCAAGCCGCUGGAACUACAAGGAGAUCCGCAAAUGAAGGUGGACCAGCAACGUAUGCAACAACCACCGCCCCAACCUGCCUUCGCACCGAUGCGCUUCUCGACGGAGAUUCAGCACCAGAUGCCGGAUCUACGCAGCGCACCUAUCGGGCGCGAUCAUCCGCCCGCCUUCGCACCGAUGGCCCAUCAACAUCAGCAGCAUCUGCACCAUCGGGCAAACAGCCUGGAACCGCAGGGCAAAGAGCAAGCAGGGCCCUUUGCCGGACCGCAAAAACCACCCACAUAUCAGCGAACGGCAUCCGGUGCGUACGGUGCCGGUGCUUACGGUCCAUCCCCGGUGGGUUCACAGACAGGUCACAGGGGUUCGCUGUCGCGCCAGUCAACGAACGAGUCAAACGACUCGGACAACACCAUCUCGCAGGGUCCGAUAUCGACGAACGCUUCCGGCAUGAUGUCCGGUACGGUUAGUACCAGCGGUAGCACCACGAUGCCGAUCAAGAAGAGCCCACGGGAGUACAUUAUACCGAUCGCUGUCGAGGGUGGUGGUAUUGUGACGCCACGCGCCAACAGUUUGGAACCGUCCGAAUCGAAUGCGUCUUCCGGUGUAUCCGGUGCUGCCGGGUUCGGUAUGAAACCGCGCCUUGGCAGACCGCGUCGUCUAGGCUCCCUGCUGGCUGAGAAUGACGGCGAGGCGGGUGACGUAACGUCCUUCCCACGACUGAACAGACAUACCUCGCUGGGACGUGAGAGCGAUUCCGAGGAACCUAAAUUCCACAUGAUGCAUCGCCUCAGGAGCACACGACCAUCGAAACGUGGUACGGCAGACCCGAACGAAUCGGCCAGUUCGGGCGAAGAGGACGAUGACGAUGGUUUCGAAAUACUGACCGCGGAAAAUCUCUUCUCCACGCUUCUGUCUCGGGUACGUGCACUGACCAAUCGUUUGAAUGUGAACGACGUUAACUCUUCGAGGUUCCCGGCGUCACGCUUCAUGAACAAUCUGCGCCAAACACAGGCACCGUUCUGGCAUCAUCAGGAUCCCUUCGGAAGGAACCUGACCGAGGGUGGCAAUGCGGCCAAUGCCUGGCGCCACAGCAUGUCGCGAGACUUGAGCACGGACAUCGAUUCAAUGUUUUCGCGUAGCGGAGCGACACUUCCAAGAGGCGCUAGACUCAGAACACAAAGUAAUCAUGUAACGAAUAGUAAUAACAACAGCAACCAAAACCACUACCAUCACCAUCAUCAGCAACCGCCACCAGUGCCACCAAACAGCAGCAGCAACAGCAUUCGUAGUAGUUAUAACAAUAGAUAUAGCUAUCAUCAACCCGCAUCUAACCAUGCCCCCAACUCCACCUCCUCCUUCUACAAGGAUCUGGCAUCCUUGGCCGCGUACGGCAACGGCGUCGGUAGCAGCGACAGCGGUCGGGACGGCAGCACGUCCAGUGCGCCCAGCAGUGGCGCAGUUGGUGGCGGUAAUGACGACGAGAGCAGCGUAUCUAGCACGCUCAGUACCAGCAAUGGGAACGGCUAUCGACAUCCGCCGUCCGCACGGGGUAAUUCCGGCGAACCAGACAUAGCGACGACUGCGCCAACUACGGCGGACAGUGGGUUGAUGGAGGAAAACCUGGAUUUGCGCGAUCUCGAUCUCUCCCAGCUACGAUUGUCCAAGCGCGAUCUGGAAACGCUGUCCAGCAUUACGCCCGCGCUGUCCCAGCGUGUGCAGGAGCAGCUGCUGGCACAGCUUCCACCGCAACAGGCGCGAAAGCUCUCCCGCACCCUGUCGAUGCAGAACGGCGGUGCUGGAACGUCCGCAGCAGGAGCUGCAGCAAACCAGCGCCUGUAUCGUCGAAGCUACAGCAACAGUUCCGGCAAUCGAUCACUGGACGCCACGGCCGAGUAUGGUGCCGCGGGCAAUGGGUGGAGCACCGCAGGCGGCAGUGAGCUACGGCGCCGAGGAGGAAGUCAACCGCGGGACAUUCUUUCGCCCCCGCCAGCCUACCAAACAGCGGCGCCACUGUACGAAAAGUACGCCCCGUACGGUACGAGCAUUCCAGCGGUCCACAGUGGGGGUGAUUCAUCCGAUCCGGACGCGGAAAGCGUCAUCGAGCGUAUCCGGCGCAAGAGCUACUACACACGCUUCAACGACACGAAGAAACCGGCCAAACGGGCCUCGGCCAGCAAUCUGGGUGGGCUCGCUGGGAGCGGCAGUACCGCGGGGAUGGGCCACAUGAAGGACACUACCGGCAGCAACAGUUACGGGUACUACGGUAGUGCCACGGGCGGUGCCGGUCCCGGCACGGUGCGCGAGAAGUCACUGUCGCGCGGUGGUUCCUCUUCCUACAUUCUGCGCCCGAACAAAGAAUCGUCCUUCAGCGGAGUCGGUAAGUACGACACAACCGGUUACGCUACGCUCGGUCGUACCGAGCAUCCCCAUCGCGGGUACGCGACGAUGGUGAACCUCACCAAGGCGAACCGAAGCGCUGCACGACUGCGCAACAGUAGCCUGGAUGUAGUUCCGCUGGCAUCCGCAUCCGCUGACUAUCAACAUCACCAAGCACCACACUUCCACCACCACCAUCACCAUCGUCAGCAACCGUCGCUAGGAGCGUCGCUUUCACGUACCGGAUCGCGGCUCCUAUCCACCGACGAUGAUCCACUGACCGACGGUCUUAACUACAACAAUCUCAUCAACAACAACAGUCCCAACACCAGCAAUCACAAAUAUACACGCAACACCUACUACGAAAGUACUGCCGUGCCGUCAGCGUACGGAACGUACACACCGAGACGUCGCUCCUCAUUCGUGGCCGGCGGGUACGGGUCGUCUAAUAUCGCUUCAUCCUCUUCAUCGAUUGCGCUAGAUCUGCUCAAGGACCAUCGGGAUGGCUCGGGGAGCCACGGAAAUCUGGCAACCACGGCCUCUUCCUCCUCCUCCAACACACUGUCCGCGUCGGAGAACUAUGGCUUCGGUGGCAGUAACAGCAGCAGCACGGCAUCGCGCACCAUUCGUCCGUACGAGACCAGGAGUAGUUCGCUGCUCACUCCAACGGCGUUACGUGAGGCGGGACGUUACAGCGGCCGAUACGAUAGUGGCACACUAACCAACAAAGCACUGCAACUAAUCAAAAGCCGACUCUAUUCCCUCUUGCUCCGGGUUACAACCACAACCGGCGGUUCCUCGGAUACUGUCCACCACCAUCCUACCAACGCCCGAUGGUGA